AUGCAGGUGGUAAAACAAGAAGUGCUCAAAGCUGGGGCUUGUGUUGCAUUUUUUGUAGAUAUAAUGACCAGCAAGCCUGACAGGAAUGCUCCCCAGAUUGCUCGGAUCCUCAGAGAGUCAACAGCUAAGGUUGUAGUUGCGAUGGCCUCUGAGGCUGAUUUUUAUAUUGUGCUAGGAGAACUCUUGAGGCAGAAUGUGACUGGCAUAGUCUGGGUAGGCAGUGAAGCCUGGGCAAGUUCCAGUUUAGUCUCUGCAAAAAUAUUUCAGGCUGUUUUGGUGGGCUCAGUUGGCUUUAGCAUCCACGCUGGUCAGAUAUCUGGGUUUGCAGAGUAUUUCGAAAGCCUCAAUCCAUCUUCAGAUCUUCAUGAUCCAUUCAUAAAGGAAUUUUGGGAACAUGCUUUCUCUUGUAAGUGGCUCGACCAGGAUGAUUUAGCCAACAAUGCCUCACACCAGUCAUGUACAGGGAAAGAAAAGUUGGGGAAUGUCAUGUUGAAAACAGACUUUCGACUUUCUCUCAAUGUCUACACUGCAGUUUAUGCAUUUGCUUGGGCCCUGCAUAAUCUAUAUGACUGUCAGCUUGGAAAAGGACCAUUUCAGCAUGGGAGCUGUGCCAACAUCUCCUUUUUCCAACCUUGGCAACUUUUCUACUAUGUUAAACAUGUCAAUUUUAAAACCAAAGAUGGGAACCAUAUAUUUUUUGAUGCUAAAGGGAACCCCCCACCAAUUUAUGAUAUUAUAAACUGGCGAGUGAGUGCUAAGGGCUCUACAGAGCAGAUUAUUGUAGGGAGUUAUGAUGCAGGUGCACCAGAUGGGAAGAAAUUACCUGUGAACACAUCUACAAUAUUAUGGAACACUGGUGAAACUCAGAUUCCUCUUUCCAGAUGCAGUGAAAGCUGUCCAGUAGGGUUUACAAAGUUGACAUUACCAGGAAAACCAAUCUGUUGUUUCCAAUGUGUUCGGUGUCCUCAAGGACAAAUAUCAAACCAAACAGAUGCUGUAAUGUGUCAGCAAUGUUCAUGGGAUACGUGGUCCAGUUUUCAACAAGACAAAUGCAUCCCAAAGGCAAUAGACUUUCUCUCCUAUGAAGAACUCUUGGGUUUAAGUCUAGCAGCAAUUUCUAUUUCUUCCUCAGUUGUUCCACUUUGCAUUACGAGCAUUUUUAGGUGUCAUAAAACCACACCAGUUGUCCGUGCCAACAACUAUUUGCUUAGUUGCCUUCUCCUGUUCUCCCUGUUCCUCUGUUUCCUUUGCUCUUUAGGGUUCAUUGGUUACCCACAAUCUGAAAUGUGUCUUCUGCGCCAGGUGGCAUUUGGGAUGGUUUUCUCUCUGUGUAUCUCUAGUGUUCUGGCUAAAACCAUCACUGUUGUUAUAGCUUUCACUGCAAUUCAGCCAGGCAGCAGGUUAAAAAGGUGGACAAGCGUUAAGGUGUCCUACUGUGUUGUUGCGUUUUGCAUGUGUAUUCAGUUAACUGUGUGCAUAGUGUGGCUUUCCUUCUCCCCUCCAUUUACAGAGUAUGAUAUCAAAACCCAACCUGGAGUGAUCAUAAUUAACUGCAAUGAAGGGUCACCCACUGCUUUCUGGUGCAUGCUGGGAUUUCUCGGCAUAUUGGCUUCUAUCAGUUUCAUUGUUGCUUUCCUGGCUAGGAGACUCCCUGACAGCUUCAAUGAAGCAAAAUUCAUUACAUUUAGCAUGCUGGCCUUUCUCACUGUCUGGAUAUCCUUUAUCCCAGCAUACUUCAGUGCACGGGGAAAAUACACUGUAGCCAUGGAGAUCUUUGCCAUCUUGUCUUCUACCUGGGCUAUGGUGGCCUGUAUUUUUAUGCCAAAGUGUUACAUCAUAUUGUUAAGACCUGAUAUCAACUCCAGAGAACUUCUCAUGAGAAAAGGCAGAGCCCAGUGA